CCUAACAAUACCGUAACAAACUCAGAGCCACACGGAGCCCUAAAACCGGGUUGUUCCACUCUGUCUCUCUUUCUCCCAUGUCCUAAAACCGGAUCUUCUCCACUCCUUGUCUCUCUUUCUCCCGCACUCAUAAAACCCUGAGCCUCCAAGGACGACAGGGAACAGGAGGCUUCUUAGCCUCUCUCUACCUCUGUUUCGCUCACUCUAUCUCGGGUGCACGCAGUGUAAUUGCUCCUUUAUGUGGAUCUUAUUCACGUCGACCUUAGCAGGUGCCGAAUCUGUCCUGUGGGUGGGAGGCUGGCAGCUGCGGUAGACGGAUCUUCAUGAACGCUGUCAAGCCCGGCCGGCGACAAGAUACCAAACAUUUGUGCAUUCAAGAGAACCAACGGCCCUUAAGAUUAUCGUUGAUCAUCAAUGUAGUAUCAUCCAAGGAGUUCGGCAUUCUUGAAGACCAUCACUUAGGUAAAUUUUGAAAUGAACUUUUCCGAAGAAUGCAUGGGACGAUUGGCAUUACGGUCAUACUACUCCUGAUUCAAGGAAGAUGCCACAUUUCUCUCUCUAAACCCUCUUCCCUUGAUGAAGAAUAAGAAGAAGACGCAUAGAGAUCCUAAAAGUUCCUAAGGCCAACACACAAAGAGACAAACGAUGUUUAGGUGCAAUAAAUGUUGCUCAUGGAAUAGAUUCAUCGAUUCUUCACCUCUCCAGCCCGAUGCCUUCACUCUACCUUCGCCUCUCCCUCAAUGGCCUCUAGGUCUAGGGUUUGCAAGCGGAGCAAUAAACCUUGGGGAACUUCAAGUUUGCAAAGUCAAAAGUUUUAAGUCCAUUUGGAGUUGGAACUCAUCGCACGAUAAGAAGAAAGGCAUUACAUUUUAUAGGCCUAUUAAAGUACCAGAAGGAUUCUUCUGCCUUGGUCAUUACUGCCAACCGAAUGAUCAACCUCUGCAUGGUUUUGUACUUGUGGCUCGAGAAAUGGCUUCCUCUCAAGAAGCUUCGGGUAACUUGGAGAGUGAUACGAAACCAGCCCUUCAGAAACCCCUUGAUUACAUGCUAGUUUGGAGUCCAAAUGAUGGGAGCGAAGAUAACUAUGGGAAGUGUGGUUACUUUUGGCUUCCUAAGUCUCCUGCAGGUUAUAAAUCUAUUGGAUUUUUGGUUACUGAUAGCCCAAGCAAGCCCGAUUUGGAUGAAGUUAGAGUAGUUAGAGAAGACUUGACAGACCAGUGUGAGAUCCAUAAGUUGAUACUUAAUUUCCAGCAUGAAUCCCUAGAAGUGCCUUUCCAAGUCUGGAGCACCAGACCUAAGCACAGGGGAAUGCUAGAUAAGGGCAUUUCCACGGGCACCUUCUUUUGCAGUUGUUGUUGGACCUUUGGAGACGACUUGUGCAUUGCAUGCUUGAAGAACUUAAACCCCUAUCUUCAUGCAAUGCCAACCCUUGAUCAGGUCCAUGCACUUAUCAAACACUAUGGGCCCACGGUUUUCUUCCACCCUGAUGAGGAGUACUUGCCAUCUUCUAUUGCAUGGUUCUUCAAAAGUGGAUCAGUACUAUAUCGAAGCGGACUGUCACAGGGCGAGGCCAUUGAUGCAGAUGGUUCGAAUUUGCCUGCUGGGGGGAGAAACGAUGGCGAAUAUUGGAUCGACUUGCCUAACAAUGAACAAAAUAUAAUUGUCAAACGUGGGAAUUUGGAGUCUGCAAAGCUCUAUAUUCACGUUAAGCCAGCACUGGGUGGGACUUUCACCGACAUUGCAAUGUGGGUCUUCUGUCCCUACAACGGGCCUGCAAUUCUUAAAGCCGGGGUAAUGAACAUCCCUCUUAGCAAUGUUGGGCAACACGUGGGAGAUUGGGAGCACUUCACCCUACGAAUUAGCAACUUCACAGGAGAGCUUUGGGGAAUCUACUUCUCACAGCAUAGCGGUGGACAAUGGGUAGCUCCUCAUGAUUUGGAGUUCAUAGAUGGAAAUAGGGCCAUAGUCUACUCGUCAAAGAAUGGGCAUGCUAGCUUCCCUCAUCCUGGGACCUAUAUCCAAGGAUCCCAGAUGCUUAGGAUUGGGAUUAGAAAUGAUGUCGCGCGGAGUGAUCUCUACAUCAAUUCCAAUACUGCUUAUGAGAUAGUUUCUGCAGAGUAUCUCGGCAAUGGGGUUGUCGUUGAGCCCUGUUGGCUUCAAUUUAUGAGGAAGUGGGGCCCAACUGUGGUCUAUGAUUCAAGAGCUGCAUUGGAUAGGAUAAUCAAAAUGUUACCGGUGAUGGUCCAGUAUUCAAUGGAGAAUAUGUUUAAUAAGCUCCCGCUAGAGUUGUACGGGGAAGAAGGUCCAACUGGGCCGAAGGAAAAGAAUAAUUGGCUCGGAGAUGAAAGAGGCUAAGAUUUGUCUUUGCCCAAGUUGAUAUCAUUCUCAUGUUGCGUACAAAGCUAGUUCGAUAUUAUUCUCUAUAUGGCCUCCGGUCUUGUUAAGUUAUAUUACUCAUUUAAGGGAAAGACGGUUUUGUUGUCACCAAUUAAUUAUCCCAAAGUCACCUUAAGUUCAAAGGAAAUUAUGGGAAAAUGAGUAUUUUUAAAAAAA